CCUCUAUAAGAAAGAUUAAUUUUAGGCAGUAAACAGGUAAUGCCCGUUAGUUGGAAAUUUUGAAAUACUGAGCUUCGGUAUAACAACAUUAAAACCAUUAUUACUUACGCCUAGCAAAAAUGAAGCAGUGGAAGAACUCGGCAACAUUGAUUUUGGCUGCUGGAAAGAGAUUUGCCGGAGCUGGCCAUAACCACAAACAGCUGAAACUGCUUGAUGAUGGAACGAUGAAUCGAUUAGCUCUUCCGCCGUCGGUUAUGAAGAGCGUCGGCGGCCAAGAAUACAUGGGAUCUAACUAUAAAGUUCUGAUGCUCAAACGGAGUAGUAAAAGCAGCUUCAUGCCAAAUGCUCAUGUGUUUCCGGGCGGCGUAAUCGAUCGCGCUGACUACUCGGACGAAUGGUUGGAUGUGCUCGAUACCAACCUGUUUUCAUCUUUGACGGCGGGUAUUAACGGUCCACGACCGCCAUCCACGCUGUAUGAAAGCAAGACCGGCAUCCCGCCGGACGUCGCAUUCAGGAUCUGUGCCGUGCGGGAGACAUUCGAGGAGACGGGAAUUCUCAUCUCCCGAGGUCAAAGCAGCAAUGGCGCCCCAGUUCUUAUGAAGGAGGACGAUAUCAUCAAAUGGCGGAUGCGUGUGACGGAGGAUGCAGCGCAGUUUGUACGCAUGUGCCGGGCUUUCAAGAUUGUACCUAACAUCUGGGAACUGUAUGAAUGGGCCAACUGGUUAACGCCGUCUACAGAUAAGGUCAAGCGAGGCAACAGACGUCGAUAUAAUACCAUGUUCUACAUUGCCUGUAUGGAAAGCAUCAUUGAUGCAUUCCACGAUGACAAAGAAACCGUGUCAUCGAAGUGGUAUGCACCGGUGAAAGGGUUGAGCGAGCACUGGAUGUCGAAUGUAUGGCUUGCACCACCACAGUUCUACGAGAUAUCUCGUCUCGCCAACUUUCCAGACCUUAGCGAACUGAAGUCAUUUGCAAUUGAGAGGCAGAAAAAGGGCUGUACCUGCUCAUAUCCUGUCAUGAUUGAAUUGAACGAUUGCGUGAUAUCUGUGUUAAAGGGAGAUGAUCUUUACCCCGAGGAACCAGAUUUGCACAAUCAACCUGUCCUCUCAAUUGACACAACUACGAGUGAGUCACUAAGUUCCAGCAAAAAUCUCAAUCGUCUAGAGUUUGUUGGAAUGCCGCAUCAGUGUGUCACAUCCAAUGUGGAUAUCUGUGGCCAUCCUGCUAUACCGAGUUUUCUUCGGAAGUGUCGCAAUGCACUGCAUUCAAAACUCUGAAUGUCGUCCAUUAUAUAAUUCAUGCCAUAUUACAGUCAUAUCAGCACAUGAUUUCGUUAUU